AUGGAUCUACUCCCAGAACAUAUGAAGAAGCCCCCGAAAUAUAUCUGGGCUUGCAUUUUAUGCUCUGUAAAUGGACUGCUUUUUGGCAUGGAUACGGGCAUUAUCGGUCCAGUGACCGAUAUGAAAAUUUUCAAAGCGUCGUUUGGAGGCAGCCAGAAUGCCACCAUUCAUGGUCUUAUCGUUUCGUCGAUUCUUAUUCCUGCUGCGUUCUCCUCAUUUUUUGCGGGCUACCUUGCAGACAGACUCGGACGACCAAGAGGCAUUAGUAUUGGCGUUUUCAUCUUCGGUGUUGGAGCUGCGAUCGAAGCAGGCGCAGUUAGUCUUGGAAUGUUUAUCGCCGGUAGAGUGGUAGAAGGCCUAGGUGAAGGACUUUUCUUGGGUAACCUGGUGGUCUUGAUCUGUGAAAUUUCUCCAACAAGCACCAGAGGACCUUUGACUACUGGGCCACAGCUAUUGAUUACGCUCGGCUUGGUUGUCGGCUUCUUCACUUGUUAUGGAUCCUCUACUAUCCAGUCGUCGCUGUCCUGGAGGACGCCAUUCAUUCUCCUAUCCUCACUUUCGAUGAUUCUUUGUGCUACCUCUUUCUUCUAUCUACCUGAAUCGCCUCGGUGGCUGACACUGCAUGGUCGUCACAAAGAGGCUGCUGAGACUUGGGAUAACCUAGAAGUGAGCCAGGCUGAGCGUGAAAAAGUCGAACUCCAGUCGGAGACAACAGAAGUUGUCACUCCUGUUCCAACUUUCGCGAGUGUCAAAGUAAAUACCGUCCAUAAGCUUCUUGACAUCUUCUCCAAGGACGUUCGUACUCGUACGGCUCUUGCUGUGUUCUUGAUGGGCAUGCAGCAGAUGAGUGGAAUUGACGGUGUGCUAUAUUAUGCUCCAUUGCUGUUCCAGCAGGCAGGUCUUACCUCCUCAGAGGCAAGCUUCUUCGCAUCCGGCGUCUCAGCACUCGUGAUUUUCGCUGCCACCAUUCCCGGAUUGAUCUACGCAGAUGGCUGGGGUCGCAGGCACAGCAUUAUCUACGGAGGUGUGGGCCUUGGGGCUGUCAUGUUCCUCAUUGGCGGACUCUACGCUGGCAAUACCGUCCACGGAACUUUCGGUGCUGGUCGCUGGGUCGUCAUCGUUUGCAUUUAUAUCUUUGCAAUCAUCUACAGCUUAACCUGGGCAGUCUCAGUCAAGAUUUAUAGUGCCGAGAUCCAGCCUCAGCGAACUCGGGCAUCAGCCACUACCUUGGCCCAUUCAAGCAACUGGCUCUUCAACUUCUUGGUCGCUUUGACGACACCUAUUCUGUUGGCCAAGAGCAGCUUUGGGGCAUAUUUCCUCUUUGGUGGCUGCUCUCUCUUGACUUCCUUGGUAGGUGCAGUCUUUAUGCACGAGACAAAGGGCCGAUCACUGGGCGAAAUCGAGGAGGCCUUCAAACAUAAAGCGACAGGCGGCAAGAAUAUUCUCAGUGCUCUGAGACGACCAAUGAUGAAGUCCACGGUUUGA